AGGAGGCCCGUUCGCGACUACACUGAGGCUGAGCCUCGCCCGAGCCGGAUUGGUGGCAGGCGGGGCUGGCCUGGGUCUCUGGCCGGAAGCGGAAGUGGAGGAAAGAUGCAGGACCAUCAGCACGUGCCCAUCGACAUCCAGACCAGCAAGCUGCUCGACUGGCUGGUGGACAGAAGGCACUGCAACCUGAAAUGGCAGAGUCUGGUGUUGACGAUCCGAGAGAAGAUCAACGCUGCCAUCCAGGACAUGCCAGAGAGCGAAGAGAUCGCCCAGCUGCUCUCUGGAUCCUACAUUCACUACUUCCACUGCCUAAGAAUCGUGGACCUUCUCAAAGGUACCGAAGCCUCCACAAAAAAUAUUUUUGGCCGGUACUCUUCACAGCGAAUGAAGGAUUGGCAGGAGAUCGUAGCGCUGUAUGAGAAGGACAACACCUACUUAGGGGCAUGCUUGCCUUAUGGUGUGGGUGUCUGGGGUGAAUUUCCUGGGCCCUUCUCAGUGGAACUCUCUAGCCUCCUGGUUCGGAAUGUCAACUAUGAGAUCCCCUCGCUGAAGAAGCAGAUUGCCAAGUGCCAGCAGCAGCAGCAAGAAUAUAGCCGCAAGGAGGAGGAGGGCCAGGCGGGGGCUGCCGAGAUGCGGGAGCAGUUCUACCACUCGUGCAAGCAGUACGGCAUCACGGGAGACAAUGUCCGGAGAGAGCUGCUGGCCCUGGUGAAGGACCUGCCGAGUCAGCUGGCUGAGAUUGGGGCCGGGGCUCAGUCCCUGGGGGAAGCUAUUGACCUGUACCAGGCCUGUGUGGGGUUUGUGUGUGAAAGCCCCACAGAGCAGGUGUUGCCUAUGCUGCGGUACGUACAGAAGCGGGGAAACUGCACCGUGUAUGAGUGGAGGACGGGCACGGAGCCCUCCGUGGUGGAGCGGCCGCACCUCGAGGAGCCUCCUGAGCAAGUGGAAGAGGACGCGAUUGACUGGGGUGACUUUGGAGUAGAGAUGGCUUCUGAAGGGGCAGAUGCCAGCAUCUCUGCCCAGGCUGCCGGAAUUGACUGGGGCAUCUCCCUGGAGUCGGACUCACAGGAAGCUGCGGCUGAUGGGAUAGACUGGGGAGACGAUGCAGCCGCUUCGCAGAUCACAGUGCUGGAAGCCGGAACCCAGGCUCCGGAAGGUGUUGCUAGGGGCCCAGAUGCCUUGACACUUCUUGAAUACCCUGAGACCCGGAAUCAGUUCAUCGACGAGCUCAUGGAGCUCGAGAUCUUCUUGUCCCAGAGAGCAGUGGAGAUGAGUGAGGAGGCCGACAUCCUGUCUGUGAGCCAGUUCCAGCUGGCUCCAGCCAUCCUGCAGGGCCAGACCAAAGCAAAGAUGGUUACCAUGGUGUCAGCGCUGCAGGAUCUGAUUGGCCGGCUCACCAAUCUUCGAAUGCAGCACUUGUUUAUGAUCCUGGCCUCCCCAAGGUAUGUGGACCGAGUGACUGAGUUCCUCCAGCAAAAGCUGAAGCAGUCCCAGCUACUGGCUUUGAAGAAAGAACUGAUGGUGCAGAAGCAGCAGGAAGCACUGCAGGAGCAGGCAGCUCUGGAGCCCAAGCUGGACCUGCUGCUAGAAAAGACCAAGGAGCUGCAGAAGCUGAUCGAGGCUGACAUUUCCAAGAGGUACAACGGGCGUCCCGUGAACUUGAUGGGAACCUCUCUCUGACGCCCUCCACGUUCUUCCUGCCCAUCUUCUCAGCCUUCAAGAUGUGGGGGACAGCCAGGACUAACGUUGGAGGGCCCUUCCCAGCAAGAGACCAGGCCUACAGGAGGACAGAAAGCCAUGUGAUGGAGCCAUCACCAGAUGGUGACCUUGGCACUUUGUACUCUCUACAAGAAGCUGUCUGGAUUGGCCCUGUGGCCCAUCAGCCUUGAAACCACAGCUUCUGCUCCUUCUUGUUAUCUAUUUGGACUUAAUAAAAGAAGAGACUCUUGCUUCA